GGAGGGGCCAUUCCAUGCUUUGCUCAUGGUCGUCGGACCACCCCACUAGGAGGUUGACCAACCUCACCGUUCCAAACUCAGAGUGGCCACAUCGGCCUUCUUACAGGCAGGCGUAAGAGGCGUCUCAGAGAGUAAAGAGUCUCAGAGAGGACGAUAGGCCAGCGGCCCCAGAUUCCCUUUUCGGUCUAUGGAUCAGAUGGUGCUGGGGAGGGCCUACAAGGCCUUCAUGACAGACAGCAGGUCUAAGAGUGACCCCGAUGCAUGCAGCGAGCACGGAGAGAAGCUGACGCUCUUUUGCUUGGAGGACCUGGAGCCUAUCUGCGGGGUGUGCGGGAAAGCUGCGGCCCACCGAGGACACAGGCUCUAUCCCAUUGGAGAGGGGGCUCACGAUUGUAAGGAAGAGCUGAAAGGUGCCCUGCUGCCUUUAAAAGAGAAGUUGCAGCAGUACAGUGAUGCCAAACUUCUGUGUGAGAACAUGCAGGAGCACGUCAAGAGUCAGGCGGAGCACACGGAAACACAGAUCAAGACGGAAUUUGAGGCGCUCCACCGCUUCCUGAGAGAGCAGGAGGCGGACAGGCUGUCCGCCCUGAAAGCCGAGGAGGCUCACAAGAGCCUGGUCGUCCAGCAGAGGAUCGAGGAGUUGGACCAAGAGUUGGCCUCACUCUCCAAAGUGAUCCGCUUGGUGGAGAAAGAAAUGGAAACGCAAGAUAUCCCCUUCCUAAAGAAUUACAAGAACAUCAUCAGGAGAACCUGGAUAAACUCUUGCGACCCCGAAGAGCUAUGUGGUGCUCUGAUCGACGUGGCAAAGCAUAUUGGCACUCUCAAGUACCAAGUGUGGGAGAAGAUGAAGAAAAUAGUCAAAUACAGUCCCGUCAUUGUGGAUCCCAACACGGCCGCCAACUGCUUCAUCCUGUCCGAGGACUUGACGGUGGUGCAGAACUCCACGCAGAACUUCAAACUACCCAAUAACCCAGAGCGCUUCGACGUCAGCGCCGAGAUGCUGGGAGCCGAGGGCUACACGGAGGGCCGCCACAGCUGGAGCGUGGAGGUGAAGGACAACGCCUACUGGGUGGUGGGCGUGGCCAGCGAGUCCGUCAACCGCAAGGGCAAGCACGUGCUGACGCCCGCAGAGGGCUUCUGGACAAUACGCUUUCGCAACGGUGAGCACAAGGCGUGCACGGCGCCGUGGCAGCCGCUCAACAUGAAGACCAAGCCGGACGUCAUCAAGGUGAUGUUGGACAUGGACCGAGGCAAGGUGGCCUUUUACAGCCCUCCGGAACGGGAGCCGCUUUACACCUUCACCGACGUCAUCGCGCCAAAAGCCUUUCCUUACUUUUGCACAGCCUGCAAAGAACACCCGCUGACAAUCCUGCCCGCUAAAUUGACUCUAUCGACAGACUGAUCCCACGUCACGCGCGAACAUCCACACAGAGCUAAGACGGCAGCCGAAUCAGACGAAGAAUCGAGUCUUUGUUCUGACACAAGGGACGAUUGUGAUAAUGCAGCGCAAGGAACAGUGUGGCAUUCACAAUAAAGUGGAAAAAUGCACUCA